AAGAGAAAUCCAGUGCCACACCAUGACACCACAGUGCCACAAACUACCAUAAACGUCUUAUUUUCUCUUUGUAACCUUCACUGAACCUGGACCUGAACUGGGUAUUUAUUAUUAAAAAAUUAUCUGAACGCCCAUCAUCAUGGAAUGCAUAGCUUUAUAUUAUCUUAUUCCCAAAAUAUAUUCAUAUCAAACACCAAUAGCUUUUCUUUAAAACACACGCCACGUGAAAUUGAUGCAAUUGGUUAAAUAAAUCCUUAAGAAAACAAAAAGAUGACGUGAGAACAUUAUAAGAAGUUUAGGGUGUGCUUCCAACUGCAAUUCAAUUCCAACUAUUGAGAUGAGAAAUUGAGAACAUUCACCGGUCAGAGAGGCACCCAUUUCAUUAACUGCUUCUCAACUGAACUGGGGUGCUCCAACACAACACUAUCAUCGUCCUUGUGGAGCACUCAGCACACCAUCAUGGAUUCUCCUUUGUUGUUACAAGACGAUGUUUUGACUAAGAAACAUAAACUCAAGAUGUUCCUCUGUGUCUUCGUGGCUGUCACAUUUGUUGGACUAGUAAUGAGAGGCAACACUAGUUAUGGGAUACUAUCAGGUGCAGACAAACAUAAUGAGGGAAUGAGAUCUAACCAGGGACAAAUUGUUGAAUCGGAGGUGGGAGUUGUUGCUGCUGAUGAUGCUCGAUGUUCUGAAGUUGGUGUUUCAGUGCUUAGGCAGGGUGGACAUGCGGUUGAUGCUGCAGUGGCGACUGUAUUAUGCGUUGGUGUUGUUUUCUCAGCAUCAAGUGGCAUAGGAGGUGGCUCUUUCAUGGUGGUUCGAUCUUCUUCAACAUCCCAAACCCAAGCCUUUGACAUGAGAGAAACUGCUCCAUUGGCUGCUUCACAGGAUAUGUAUCAGAACAAUCCUACAGAUAAGACCUUAGGUGCAUUGUCAAUGGGAGUUCCUGGUGAGUUAGCUGGCCUUCAUGCAGCCUGGUUGAAGCAUGGAAGAUUGCCUUGGAAGACCUUAUUCCAACCAGCUAUAGAACUAGCUGUAAACGGAUUUGUGGUGUCUCCUACUCUUGGAAGUUACAUGGCAAAAGAUGCAAAUAAGAUAAUGAAUGAUCCUGGGUUAAGAGAACUAUAUGCUCCCAAUGGAAUUUUGUUGAAGGGAGGGGAUACGUGCAGGAAUGUGGAACUCGGUCGCAGCUUGGAGAUCAUCGCAGAGCAAGGGCCACAAGCUUUAUACAAUGGAACCAUUGGUGAAAAGUUAGUCAAGGAUGUCAGAGAUGCUGGUGGGAUUUUAACAAUGGAGGAUUUACGCAAUUACAAGGUGGAAAUAACAGAUGCAAUGACUGUGAAUGUGAUGGGAUACACAUUACAUGGAAUGCCACCUCCUUCAUCUGGAACACUUGCUCUUUCUCUGCUUCUGAACAUCUUGGACAGUUACGGAAGUCUUGAUGCUGCAAGGGGAAAUCUUGGUCUACAUCGACUAAUAGAAGCUAUGAAACACAUGUUUGCAGUUCGAAUGAACUUGGGUGACCCCAACUUUGAGAACAUUGAUGAUAUUAUAUCCAAAAUGCUUUCCCCAUCUUUUGCCAAAAAUAUUCGGCAAAAGAUACUUGAUAACACUACUUUCCCUCCAGAGUACUAUAUGAACGGGUGGAGUCAACUUAGAGAUCAUGGAACAAGCCAUAUGUGCAUUGUGGAUGCUGAUAGAAAUGCUGUAUCACUGACAACAACAGUAAACUAUCAUUUCGGAGCUGGGCUUCGUUCGACUUCUACAGGUAUUUUAGUCAACAAUGAGAUGGAUGACUUCUCUACACCAACUGAUAUAUCCCCUGAUAAACUACCUCCAGCUCCAGCAAAUUUUAUUGAACCAAACAAAAGACCAUUGUCUUCUAUGACUCCUCUUAUCAUCACAAAGGAUGACCAAUUGGUUGGGGUACUUGGAGGCAGUGGUGGAAUGAACAUUAUUGCAGCAGUAACUCAAGUGUUUCUUAAUCAUUACAUCUUGGGAAUGAAACCCUUGGAUGCAGUUUUGAGACCAAGGAUCUAUCCCAAGCUAAUACCAAAUAUAGUCCUCUAUGAGAACUUGAUUGCUCGUGAUGGUAAUCACAUUGAGUUUUCAGAAGAAAGUAGGCUUUUCCUAGAAGAGAGAGGUCAUCAACUGAAUGAGUCUCAAGCACUCGCUGUCACUCAGCUUAUUGUCCAUACUCUCAAAACGCCUAUGAACAUUAAUAGGAAAAUUGGUGAAAACACCAAUUCAUAUACAAAGCAUGGCACCCUAACAGCCGUGAGUGAUCCUAGAAAGGGUGGAUGUCCAGCUGCUGUCUAAUUAUAUUGAUUAAUUCAGGUUCAAAAUUGUAAAACAAGGGCAUUUCAAUACAAAAUUCAAAUUAUUUUUAGCCAAGUUGUAUCAAUACCAUCAUGGACAAAGGAAAAAAAUUGAUUUGAUCAUCACACUUCAAACAAAUGAAAUUCCAAUUGAACUUUGUUUA